UGUGCGUGCGUGUGUUGUUGGUUUUUUUUUUCCCCUUUUCUUUUCUUUCCUCUUUCCUCACCAGUCUGGGCUUCCUCUUUGUGACCGGACCCAUCCCUCGGCGCCUGCCGCAGCGAAGAGAGACCCUCGCUGGGCUAUUUCUCCACAAGGACCUCCACUCUCGCAUCUCGGCCAUGGAUGAAGACCUGACAGGUGGUUUUAGUGGCUUCAAUGACGAUUUCAAUUAUACGGAUUAUAACCCCACUCCGAUGACGGAGCUGCCUGAGCGCCUGCAUCCGAUCACUUGUGUAGCGCUGGUGGUCUAUGCCCUUGUGUUCCUGGUGGGCACGCUGGGGAACGGGGCGGUCAUCUGGGUGGUGGGCUUCCAGAUGAAGCCCACGGUGAACACGGUCUGGUUCCUCAACCUCUCGGUGGCUGACCUUCUCUGCUGCCUGGUGCUGCCGUUCUUGGCCAUACCCCUGGCCUGCCACCACCGGUGGUACCUGGGCAACUUUGCCUGUAAGCUCUUGCCUUCCCUCACCAUCCUCAACAUGUUUGCCAGCGUCCUGCUCCUGACGUUCAUCAGCAUGGACCGGUGCGCACUGGUGCUCAAGCCUGUAUGGUGCCAGAACUACCGUUCGGCCCGCCUGACCUGGAUGUUUUGCUGUGUUGCCUGGGCCGCUGCCCUGCUCCUCACGAUACCUUCCUUCCUCACGCGGCACACCAAAUCCUACGGUUCUCACAACUGGACCACCUGUGGGGUGCAAUAUGCCUCCCACGCCCUGGAGGUCGCCGUGGCUGUCACGCGCUUCCUCUUUGGCUUUCUGAUCCCACUUGCGGUCAUCAGCAUCUCCUACGGACUGGUGAUCGGCCGUGUGCACAGCAGCCGUUUCAGGCACUCCAAGAAGACUCUGAAAGUGGUGCUAGUGGUUGUGGUGGGUUUCUUUGUUUGCUGGGCCCCCUACCACAUUGUGGGGCUGAUUCUGGCCAGCGAAAUCCCACAGAGCCCCCUCUUCGAGGCCGUCAGGAACGCCGACCCGCUCGUGGUCUCCCUGGCUUUCCUCAACAGCUGCAUCAACCCCAUCAUCUACGUCAUUGUGGGCCAGGAUUUCAAGACCAAAAUGUGGCGCUCUUUGAAGGUGAUGUUGCGCAACGUCCUGAGCGAGGAAGCCACGCUGGUCCCUUCUCUGGCCGACGGACGUACCCAAGCUACCGGCACGACCACCAACACCACUGAGGAUCUGAGUGCCAGCACCACCUUGUGACGGGACCGGAAGAAGCCCAGCCUCUUGUGAAAGGUUUCAGCGAUCCCUUGCAGCUUCCUGCCGGACUCAAGAAAGCCUGCUUCUACACAAAGCUGGAACUGGACUGAAUUCCCACAAAUCUUCCAAUGCUGCAGCUGUUCCACACUGAGUUUGCUCUGUAGUCCUCCACUUCCUGGAGGACACUCCAUGCCUGCCCAGAGAUGAGCGGGUGGCCACUUACCUACCAAUCAGAAGAAGAAAAGGCAGCGGUGCCAGGGGGUGGGGACACAGCUUCAUAUGAUUUGUAGACAAUGACAUCUAUUUAGGGAUCCAAAAUUGAACAUCACAGUUACAAUGUAAACAGAGAGACCAUCUAUCUCACCAGCAGCUCCAUGAGUUGUCUUAGAUGUGGCUGAGGUCUAACUUCGAGGUCCAUGUCUUUCCUUUCUGGGAUUUUUCAACUGAGUCUGGGCUGCAAAGUUUUCAAAAUGGGCCAGAGAUUUGUCUGUGUAGAUGAUGCUGAUUUGCUCUGAUUUCCUAGAACCGAACGGCUAUCCUUUGGCAAGUGGUAUUCAGAACUGGGCAGCUGAAAUCAAGAAACCUGGGUGUGGUUGCAGAGUGAAUCUUUGUGUGAAUUGUAGAUUCUUCAGCAUCACCGCCCUGGAAAAGAACCACAAGCUUAUCCCCAGGCACAUCAAUAUUGUGAAAUAAUUCUUAAAAUGUUACUGAAACUUGCCUACUGUUGCAAAAACUGUGUAGCUCCUUCUCCAGUCAGGCUUGCUUUUGUUUCAUCCUUGCUACAUUUUUAAAGCAAUGCUUUUUACUAAUUUUUCCAGGACAGGCCUUAAACAAACUGGUUGAUAAUUUGUGAGACUCUGCCAAAAUGUUUGAUCACGAUUUUUGUCUUUAGCAUUAAGUUCCAUAUUUUUGUACAAAGACCAGCAAUUUCAUAUAUACAGUAUGUUAUUUAGUAACUCUUGGAUGGAUACCAUCUGGGCCUAGUGAUACAGUAUUAGUUUUUAAUUUCUUAAUAAAGCCUAGAAACAUUCUCUCUCAUAAUGCUAUUGGCUUAAGUUGUCCAGAUCUCUUUCCAGAAGAAGUAAACUCCUGGGGAGCCGUUCACCAUCUUUU